CCCAACCAAGCGCGAACUGAUCUGACACUUUUCCUGGUUCGCCGGUCUUACCGGCGCCAACAAUCGGUUCUCCGCUCCCCUUGUGACUGGCGGCUGCAUCUACCUCGAAAUGUUUUAGACUUUUAAUGCCGGUUGUUAGAAUCAAGACUGCAGAAAACCAUCACCAGCAGCCAUGUCAGCGCUUCUCUCGCUCCUGGGCUGGAGCUUCCUCCCCGGCCUCGUCACAGGCUGGACGCAGUCUCUCUAUUACAGCAUCACCAUCCGCGCGGGCGACCCCAAGCCGCAACCGGGCACCCCGCGCUGGGCGGAGCACCGCCGGCGCAUCCACAUCGCCGUCGUCGCCCUCUACCUGCUCUACACCAUCUACGAAGCCGACUACGAGCUCCGGCGCCAGGGCACCUUCUACACGGACCUGGGCGUGCCGCUGCACGCGACCGAGCGCGAGGUCAAGUCGCGCUUCCGCCGCCUCGCGGCGCUGCACCACCCGGACAAGGCCGGCGGCGCCGACGACGCCAACGCCUACUUUGUGCACCUCAAGACGGCUGCCGACACGCUGACGGACCCGGCCCGGCGGUUCGCGUACGAGCGCUUCGGCCCGGACGCCGUCGCCUCGUGGGCCCCGCGCUGCGUCACCGUCCGCGACUUCGUCAUCCGCGGCGCCCAGACCCUCGUGCCCUACUACGCCGUCGCCGCCGUCGCCAUGUACGGCCUCGGCCUGCUCGGCUACCUCGACUGGGGCCGGUACGAGCGCUGGCUGGUGCUGGCCGUCCUGUUCGUCUUCGAGGCCCACACCGUCACGCGGCCCGACAUGCCCGGGAUCCUCGACAAGGUGGUCAACCCGCUGCUGGGGAGGCUGCUGGGCCGCGCGCCGUAUCUGCAGUUCCAGGCCAUCGCGCUGGCGAGGAACCUGAGCGUGACGGUGUACAUUGCGUUUUCCCAGAUCGGGCCGCUGCUGUCGGCGGACACGUCGAGCGGCCAGGUGGUGGUGAGCGGGAGCAGGGGCGGCAACGAAGAGAAGGCGUUGAGGGAGGGGCUGGAGAGGUUAGAGAUGACAGUCAAGAGGCUGGAUGCGGAUGCUACCAGGUUACUGGAAACGGAGCUGGCGCCUUUUGCCGGGGAUGAGCAGAUACGGAGUUCCAUGUGGGCCAAGGUCAAGGAGUGGCUGGUUCAAAACACGAUCCGCUCGGACCCUAUGGUUCGGGAUGCUUUGGGGCGGUCGUUUGCGAAGCGCAGAAUCGACGCGCCGGCAGGGGCCAGAGGCACCCGGUAGCGUAGGCGUGUAAAUUGAACCGUGAUGACACCUUUUCCUAAUGCAGAUACUGUUUUUUUUCACCCCUUUUUCUUGACCACCUCAAUCCUUCCAACAAAUACUGUCGACCCU